UUCACUUUUACUUUUGUUCAGUCAUUGUUGACUACUACCGGCAUACCAUCAGCCAAACCCUAAGAUAGGUAUACAAGACAAGACAAGACGAGACGAGACAAGUUAAUAGUAAGAGUAUUAAAAUAGUAAGAAGAGAAGAAGACAAUGGUGAAGACUCCUGGUCAACAAGCGAGUGGAGCAGUUCACGUGCUGCAAGCACAGAAUGCCAUGAAUAGCAAGUUGGGCCGGGCCAAUGCUGGCAUGGCUAAUAAUGCUAGCAAUAGCAAUAGUAGUGAUUUGGUAACGGUGACAAUUCCCGUGUCAUUGGUGAAUGGGUUAACUCUGGUCAAGACACACGAUGGAUAUUGGCAAGUGGUGGCGAUUUCUCCCAGCAGUGAAUUGCCGGCAUUUGGAAUUCACGUGGGUAUGGUACUGCUGAGUAUCAAUAAUAUCGAUACCAUGACAUUGCCCGAUCAUCCCCACGAAACGGGAGUUCCACAAGUCCAAACGCCAUCGGGGUUAAUCACCUUUUUGGCCGUUACCAAACCCAAACGAAAAGCUCCUCCUGGAAGUCUUCUUACGGCAGUGUUGCAGAAAGAAUUGGAAUCUACCAAAUUGGGAAUUGCACUCAUGCAGGAUAUUCUUCAUAAUAAUAAUAGCCAAGAUGAAGAAUCUGGAACUUUUAUUGUCGAUGGAAAAGUGCAGGUCAAGCCAGCCAAAGAGACCAACAACAGCAACAACAACAAUACAUCUACUACUUCACCUGGUACAUCAAGUGGCCCUGAACUCAAUUUGACUGGAAGAGUUUUUAUCAGUGAAAUUGUACCAAAGUCAUUUGGAGCUCAAUCUUGCCUGGAAGAAAAAAUGGAACUCAUUUCCAUCAAUAAUACUCUGGCGGUGGACAAGAAGGAAUCGGCUGAACAACUCCGCAGUUCCGUGGGAGCUCUCACUCUCUUGGCACAACAACCCGGAGGACCACCCAAGGCGGAAGCUCAUCAUGUCACUUGCACCGUCCAGGCACAGCUUAUGCGCGAAAAUAGAAAAACUCCAGGAAUCGCAUUCAUUAGUGCCAACAGCAACAACAACAACAAUAUCAAUGCCAGUGCCGUACUCAUUGAUUCCAUUGACCCAGAAGGUCCUUUUGCUCAAUCCAAAUUACGAGUUGGAAUGAAAGUCGUCUCCAUCAAUAAUUUUUCCUGUGAAACACCGACCAUUGCCCAUUGUUUGCUCACACGGGCAGCGAAUGCCCGCAUGGUUACCAUUCUUGCCCAACAAACGUGUCAGGCACCCCCGGGAACCAUUGUCACCGCCACUGUCGUCAAGGCAAUGCCCAAUUCCAAAUUGGGAAUCAUGUUGGGGAUGGACGCCAAACACGAACGCGUCAUUGUCAAGUACAUUCGAGAAGGUGGAUUACUCGAUAGUACUACCGACACGAACAACAAAAAACUAGAACCGGGCAUGAUUCUCCAUCGUGUCAACGGCAUGCCCAUUCCCAAGGGAAUGCACAACAAACAAGUAUCACAGUAUCUCGCGACACUUCAUGGAACUGUUACGUUUCUUGCCGAAGCGCCGACAAGUGCCGGUACCAGUCCGACACCGCCCGAUUUGAUUACAAGUUUGCACACGGCCGCCAUUUGGACCCAACCGGCACGACCCGAUCAAACCUUUGGACUCAAAUUGGCACGCUCCAACGCCAACAAACGACGUCUUGUCGUUAGUCAUUUGCAAGAAGGAGGAUUGGCCGCGGCGUCGGGAUUGAAAACGGGCAUGUUUUUACUCGCCAUCAACAACCAACUCAUUUCGGCAUCACAAGCACCGGAAGAAGUCGCCAUGAAUUUAAUUCAACAAGCGCGGGGAGGAAUACCCGUGACAUUGUUAGUGCAAUCGCCACCCAUGAGUAUUCCACCCAUUGUCACCGGCACACUGACCAAAGCCACACCCGAUGCCAAGGUUGGAAUUCGCAUGCGCAUGCACAAUGGACGCGUCGCCAUUAUCAAUAUUGCCGAAGGAUCGGCGGCGGCGACAUUGGCCACCGAUUUACUCGCGGGCAUGUUGAUUCAAUCCGUCAAUAAUGUCGAUUGUACCGAAAAAAGUGCCGAAGAGGUGGCCAAUAUGCUGGCAACAUUGCAAGAUACCAUUACCAUUGUCGCCGUCACGCCCGAUGGUGCUGCCAUUCCGGCAUUCAAAUACAUUACCGCGGCUGUCUCUACGAGUAAGCCACAAGAUUCCGAUCGGCUGUUUGACUAUAAAGAAGGACGAGUGUUUAUUUCCCAAGAAGGUGUCAAGUCAGGGCUCUUUCGUGGCACCCAGUUGCGCAAGGGAAUGGAAGUCGUGCGACUCAACAAUAUGGAAUGUGCCCUCUUGACACCCGCGGGGAUUCAAGCCCUCUUUUCCGAACCGCCUCCGUCGUCGUCCACGUCGCUUGGAAAAGACGAGGAGGAAGAAGAAGAAGAAGAUUUUGUCACCAUUUUGGCCGCACGACCCAUGUUGCAACCCGGACUCAUUACCGAAGUCUUGUACAAGGAAACCAAAGACGCAACGUUGGGGAUUAGUUUUCGCACCGUCAACAACAAUUCCAAAGUCAUGAUUACGGGUAUUACUGAUGGAUCGCAGGCGGCGGCCAGUAACUUGCAAGUCGGCAUGGAACUUAUGCGAAUCAACAACAGUACUUGCAGUGCACUCAGUGUCGAAAGUGUGGCCAAGCUAUUGCACGAAGCCGUGGGAAAUGUCGUGCUGGUGGCAGGAUUGUCCAAGGGCUGGAAUGAAUCGGGACGACGGGCCCUCGUGACGGCGACAUUGGAACGCAGUCCGGGAAACAGUGAUGACCUGGGAAUUACGGUUCGACGUGACACUGAUGGCAAGAUUGUGGUGGAUACUAUCGCAGAGGGCAGUUUGGCGGCGGAUUCCAACUUGGAAAAGGGAAUGGAACUUCUCUCUGUGGACAAUGUCCCAUGUCAGACAUUAAAGGCCCUCGAUGUAGGCGCCUUGCUGUCCGCAACUACUGGAACUGUCACCAUUUUGGCGGAGCGACCUCCUGUGCCCAAGGGACUCUAUGUGACGGCCGCGGUCAAAAAACCUACACCCCAAACCAAGGUGGGACUCACCAUGACGCAACGCUCUGGGAAGGUUCUGAUCAAGGCCAUCGUCCCAGAGUCCAUCUGUGCGUCGUCCGAUCUCGGUCCUGGGAUGUGGAUCAAGUCGGUCAAUGGGCAAAGUGUUACGAAAGCGACUGCUGCUACCGUUGCGAGAUUGUUGGGGGCACAGACAUCCCUCGUCACCAUUUUGGCGGAAACUACAGACGAAACAUUUGACGACGACGAGGCCAAGGAGGAUGAUCAGGCAAAGGAGGAAGAGCAGGUAAACGAGGAAGAGGCACAGGAGGGAAAAGAGGAAGUGGUAACAGCCGAGGAGACGGCGGCCAGCGAGGAAGCAGAAGAAGAUUCAAAGCCGGCUGCAAAGGAAGACGGCGAAGAAGCCGAGGAACAGAAAGAAGGAUCGGAAGCCCUAGUGGAUAUUGACGUUGAUGCGGUAGACGAGGAGCAAGAGCCUGAAGACGAAGGGAUUGUCAGCGCAAAAGCUGACUGUUAAACAGGUUUUUAGUUGCGGCUUGGGUUUGACUCGCCAAUUGACUUCGCAGUGUCUCUAUACAGUGGCUGAUGCGCCAUCACUGAGGCAGCGGAGCGUCCUUGGCGAUCUUCUAGCUUCGUAUUUCUAGCUACAUGUAACUUCUAGAAGAGUUUUUGACACC